AAAGUCCUGUUGCGCUUCGUAGCGCGUGGCUGCAGUGCUUCGUACCAUCUCUACAUCCUGCGUCGAUUCUCUUUGGCAAAGUCGGGCUCAAAACCACUGGUCAUCCGCUUAGUGCUCCUCGCUUUUAUUCUCCGCUCCAUCCCCGUACAAAAUUUGCGAAUCCAAUCUCGCGACGACUCUCAUCUCACACUAGCACAUCACAAGACUGCCCAUCGAGGAGAUGGAGCUCGACUAUGACUGGUGGCGGAAUAACACGGAGGAGUGCCCCCCGGCCUCGGAGCAACAAACACAGGACAAGGACGUCUUGUCCCACCAACCUUCCGCCCACGCCGGGUUCGAGAACGACGAGGGCACCUAUUUCAAGUUUCGGAAGGAGUUUGCUUGCGACAGGCUCGACUUGGACAACAUUGACCCGCCCAUCAAAAAGAAAAAGAAGUUUCCCGAAUGGCGAUACAUUCAGUACAUACCGGAGUGGACAGAUCCGGCUUGGCAAGAUCCGAGCUUGUAUGAAAGCGCCUUGAUAAAUCAGAAGAAACACGGAGAGGCGGGGGAGAAGAAGAGCGCGAAGGAUGGGGACAAAGAUGAGGACAAGGAUAAGGACAAGGAUGAGGGCAAGGAGAAGGGCAAGGAGAAGGAGAAGGGGGAGAAGAAGGGCGACGAAGGGGGGAAGAAAGGAGAGGGUCGGCCUAUACGCCACAUCGAUAUAUUGCGCGCCAUCAGACCGGCUCAACUCGCGAAAGAUGCCGCACGCAACCCGACCCCGUUCGCCAGACGAUUUGGCAUUCACCCUGAAAGAACGGAUGGACGGUCUCAACUAUCACCGACGAGCGAUGUUAGGAGACAGCUUCCCCUCCCCGAGGGCUCAAACCGGCCGCCUAUGUUUGUGAAAGCGACGGCCGCCCUGGAGCAGCUCAAGGCCUUGGCCCGAGAGCACGGCCGAGAUCCAGAGGAGCUCCUACAGGAACUCACCGAGCCUGCUACCUUUGCCAGGCUAGGGAAAAACGACCAAUUCAUGGUUCAGUUUCUCCAAGGGAUCUACGAUGAUUAUGACUGGCAGUCGAUUAUAUUCGGCACCUUGACGACUGAUGAAAUGAUGCGCGACGGCAUCUUCACCAUUGACAACCAAUUCCCGGGGCCGAAUAUUGAUGUGCCUCUACACAAACUGGUCCAGCGGCAGCGAUGGCAACGUCUUGUCGCGCCUGGCAUGUCCAUGCCUUACCCACAGUACAUGUACAAUAUCGGGGGCCGAAAAGGUGUAAUAGAUCCGGGAACCGACGAUUUUGUAUGGGAACGCUUACAACCGGCCCUGAGACUGGUGACCAAGAUUCUGAACGAAUGUCUCGCGAGCAACAACCAAUGGCGUGCUUUUAUGAACGUGUUCUGUCGGGAACGGAUUAACAUGGAGCGAGAUACUCGUCCCUACGGACAGAUCAUGAAGCGCCCGGCAUGGAGCUUCAGCACGAAUAAAAUAGACCCAGACAACCUACCGGGCUUCACCGAAGAGGUCGCCCCUUAUAUCGAUGCAAUGUGGGAAACUUGGAUCACCAUGCACCGGUCCUUGAUCAUUAUGGUCAAGAGCGCAUUUCACAAGGAGGGAUACGCCCAACAACCACGUACAACGGAUCAUAUCGCGGGUCUCAUGUCGUUCAGACCGGAAUAUCCACCCCGCACUCUCAACAUGAGCAUAAGUGCCGAUAUCAUAUAUCCCUUACUUGCCAAGGGCUACAGCGUGAGCGAGCAGGUCGAUUGUCAAUUCAGAUUCGUCAACGUAUUCCUUCAUGAACUCGCGCAUUCGGUGACUUUUUCGCAUAUGAUGUGGACUCUCUGCCCAGGUCCCAGAAGCCACGGGCCGUUCAAGGCCAGACAGCCUUUCAAAGAGGACACAAUGGACAAUUUGGAGCGGUUUGGGAAAGCUAUGUGGGGAGAGGGGGAGCCGUUUGCUGAGCCCUAUACAGAGGCAUUUGGCGACGACCUUCCCGUAACCGAGGCCGGGUCUUGGAUGGAGAGAAUGCUCUUUGGCGGAUCCAGUUGGACCACUUCCAGCCUUGGCCAUUCUACCCGGUUUCUGAAGCAAGUCCCAUGCGGUGUAGUUCUCUAUCACUAUCCGUACGGAUAUCACUAUUACGCGGCGUGGUCAGCACUGGUGGAAAAAGACGCCAGGAAAAAUGUUCUCGCCAGCCCGCCUUUGUCGAUGGACCAAUAUAACACGACCGUACGGUCGUCUCAGCUGCAAGCCUUCUUCAAUCAGAAACUUCUGGACCGCAGAAGUUGCCAGAUAUGGCUUCUCGGCCCUUCUCCUUCGCACCGCGCGCAACGCCAAGGUCUACCCCAGGGACAUCAGUGCGUCUGCGGCGCACAUCAUUGUGCAACGUGGAGUAUACAGAUUGCCCCUCCACGAAUGGUCCAAUGUCUUGGAUCGGACCCCGACUGUCAAGAUAUUUGUGGCGAUGCUCGUGGCGGAGAUUGUGGAGGCGUCUGUGAUGAUCGAGAGAUGGCGCCACGACGUGGGCACGAUUUCUUCCCGGGACAAGGCCUUCGAGGCCCUGCUUAUCGAGACUCGCAUGUAUGCUCUAGAGCUGAGAACGAUCCAUCUGGACGCCGAAAACUCCCAGCUAUCUCCCGAGGCACGCGACACAUGGCGCAGCGAACAGUACCACAACUUUGUGGACGCAGCGGCGAGGUGGGAAUGGAAGGCCGACCAGGAUUUGGAGGGGAUCCUAGUACGCUGGUCUCUCAUCUUGGAGUAUUUGGACGGCCGUUUUAUGGAGUUUUGGCGGGCCAUCCAGCGCCACGCCAAGUCUACCCCGGCACAUCUCGACUAUCGGUUGCGCAAGGCCCAGACCAACUUGAUGAGAGAAGUGGCUAUUUACCAGACGUACGCGAGCGAACAGUGGCGGAUGAACGACAACAUCCGAGAUGAACUCAAUCUCGACUCUCUCGACGAUAUCAACGAUCACAUCCAGAAAUGGCUGACGAAGCUCGAGAAGCACUGCGAUGAAUUCCGCAAGAUCAGCUC